GCCGGGGCCAGGGCCGGGACAGCUCCGCUCCGGGGGAGGGCCGGACCGCUCCGGGCCGCGUCCCCAGGCGCGCACAGCGCCAGGGAGAGGCAGCGCCCGUGCCUUCCCCGCCUGGCCGGGGCGGGGCAGGGGGGCGGCCGCUGCCGCCGCUUCCCGGUCGCCCGCUACGGCCCCGGCCGCGCCAGGAACCAUGAGCGGCUCCGGACCGGAGGAGCCGCAGCCCAGCCAGACGUCGGAGGAGGACCGGCAGCAGGAGGCCGAGCAGGACUGGGCGGCGGCCAAGGCUUUCUACGACAAUCUGGUUACCCAGAGGCCCCGGCCGCCCAAGCCCCAGAACGCCAUCACGGUGGCCGUGUCCUCCCGAGCACUCUUCAACCUGGUCGAGGAGCAGCGGAUCUACGAAGAGCAGGGCGUGGAGAAGUACGUGGAGUACCAGCAGAAAAACGAGAACAUCAUCCUCAAGCCCGGACCGGCGUUCUACUUCGUCAAGGCGCUGGAGCACGUCAAUGCCCGGCUUCUUGAGCUCUACCCUGAUGACGAAGAACGGUUUGAUAUUGUCCUGAUGACUAAUAACCACGCCCAAGUGGGAGUGAGGCUCAUAAACAGCAUCAAUCACUAUGGCUUAACAAUUGAACGUUUCUGUAUGACGGGAGGAGAGAGCCCCAUUGGUUACCUGACUGCGUACCUCACGAACCUGUACCUCUCAGCGGAUUCUGACAAAGUGCAGGAAGCUAUAGAAGCAGGCAUUGCAUCAGCUACGAUGUUCACUGCUAACAAAGAUGUUGUUUACUCGGAUACACAGCUGAGAGUGGCUUUUGAUGGGGAUGCUGUUAUCUUUUCUGAUGAAUCAGAACAGAUUUUCAAAGAGCAAGGAUUAGAUAGAUUUUUUGAACAUGAACAGCUGAAUGAAAAUAAGCCUCUUGCACAGGGUCCUUUGAAGGGUUUUCUGGAAGACCUGGGGAAACUCCAGAAGAAGUUCUAUGCAAAAAAUGAACGAUUAAAUUGUCCUAUAAGGACCUACCUGGUAACAGCCAGAAGUGCAGCGAGCUCUGGAGCCAGAGUGCUGAAGACUCUCCGUAGCUGGGGUCUGGAGAUUGAUGAGGCACUUUUCCUAGCAGGAGCACCUAAAGGACCAAUCCUGGUGAAAAUCCGCCCUCACAUUUUCUUUGAUGACCAGAUGUUCCACAUUGAAGGAGCACAGAAAUUAGGCACCAUAGCUGCACAUGUCCCCUAUGGCAUUGCUCAGAAGUACCAAAAAUCUACAUGACUGGAGGGUGCCAUUAAGGAUAAGGUUCUUAACUCAGCCAGCCUCUAAUCUACCAAUAGAUACAUCUGAAAACCUCUACAUUUGUGUAUUGUGAGCACUGUGUCUAAAGAUUUAACUUCUGGCUAGAACAGCCUUUAAAGGAAGUUUUUUUAAUAUUGGUAAGUUUUUAAUAGAGUUAUUUUAAUAUAGUUCUUAACGAGAUUAGAUUUUUUUACCUGUCUGUAUCUAACACUGUGGUUUUGAUAUUAAGAAAUUUGUACUGUUUUUAUAGCUUGAGACAUAUUCUGAGAGACAGAACAGUUAUAUUUUAUCUAAAAAACUGUUGACGGGUUAUUUAUUAGAAAAUUCAUGCUGCAAUGCUGGUUGUCGAUAAGUUAUUUCUGAAGUUCCCAAAAGCACAGUUUACAUGUAACUGUUUACCUGUUGGUGGUUUGCUGGUUAAAUGUGUUCAGUAGGUCUGUCACCACACGGUUUUGGCUUCUAGUAAAAUAUUAGUGCAUUUGGUUGUCUUUGCACGUAUUUUUCUAUAUUGUUUUCUUAUCUUAAUAAAGCUGGCUUUACAGAACACUGUCAUUUUUCUGUGUAGAGGUUUUAGCAUAAUUUCUUAGGCAGAGUUUGUGUAAUCAGAAUGUUCCUGAUGUUUAGAAUCAGAAGUGACCACUUUCAGUCUAAUUUGAGAGCCAGAGGUCUCAGCUUGACCCAACAUACUUCACAGAGCUGGGCAGAAGUCUGAGAUACUGUGAGUAUCUUGGCUGGGAUGAAGGCUGAAGCUUUAGAGCACACUUUCAUAAUAGCAGAUAAUCUACCUGGAAAUAAUACUGUUGAUGGAACUACUUUCUUCUUAACUAGAUUCCCUUAGGAUUUACAACUGUUCUGUGAUAUUCAUGAACUCAGUUUGGCAACUUCUGAUGAGUUUCCAGGGGACAGGUUCCUGUUGCUGCAUGACUUCAUAUUUACACCAUAGGUCUAUUCUCUCUCUUUUAUACUAAAUUCCUGUAUUUCAUUGUUAUCCAUGUAACUAAGUGAUAUCCAAAUGACACCACUAGCAUCUGUCAGGUGAUGUUUGUUCUCUUUCUCUCCCUAGUGGAACAACUGUCCUGUUUUAUUAUUUAUUGUUGUCACAUAUUCAUACUAGAAGAGACAAAACCAAAAGAAUGUGCUUUGCAGCGGGAGUACAAAUGGUGAAUCAAGCUUGUCAUGAUCUGUGGUUCCUGGGAGAAUUCGGCCCAGAAUCUCAUGUUAGCCUCUGAAAGUGUGGUCUCCUCUGUCCAGAUGAACUGUCCUGUUAUUAUAGAAAGCUCCACUGCAUCAAUUAUGGUUUCCCUCCCAGGAACAUAGGCAAUCAUUUUAAUGUUCUGGGUCCAAGCCACAAAGUUCUUUGGAAGCAAAGGCAAAAGCCUUGAUCCUGCAUGAAACACAAAUAAAGACUGUUGGAAAGGU